AUGAACGUGUCUUCUGUCCCGCUCACCUUCAGUCUCUACAGCUCUCUGCGUGUCUAUAACGUCGCUCUGUUCGUCUGCGUCUGCGCGCUUUACGUCUGCGGUCUGUGCGUCAGCCUGCUGCUGCUGGUGGUCGUCUGCGCGGAGCGGCGGCUGCACAGGCCGAUGUACGUGCUGCUGGCGAACCUGGCCGCGAGCGGCGCGGUGGGCAGCUCGGCCGUGUGUCCCCUCGUGAUGAGACACCUGAUGGCCGACGCGCCGCAGACGUCGCUGGCCGGCUGUUUGACGCAGGUGUUUUUCACCAACGUGUACGGCGGCUGCGUGUUCUGCAUCCUGGCGCUGAUGGCCUAUGACCGCUACGUGUCCAUCUGCAAACCUCUGCUGUACGGCUGCGUCAUGACGCCGGCCAGGGUCGCGCUGAUGCUGCUGGCGGUGUACGCGCUGCUCGGCACGCUUUCGGCCGUGCACGUGUACAUGAUCUCCUCGCUCGCCCUGUGCACGCACACGGUGGACAAACUGACGUGUGACAGUUUGGUGGUUUCGAAGCUCUCCUGUGAGCGGUCGCCUGCCGUCGGCGCGUUCGGCCUGUGCAGCGCCGUCUGCGUCAUGCUCGUCCCCGGUCUCCUGGUCGUCCUGUCCUACGCUCAGAUUUUCACGGUGAUCCUGAAAACCUGCAAAGAGUCCCGCACGAAAGCGCUGCAGACGUGCACGCCGCACUUUGUCACCUUUCUCAACUUCUCCGUGGCCUCUUUUUUCGGCGUCCUGUAUAAUCGUCUCCAUCAACACGUCCCAAAAACAGUCAAUGUCCUCACGUCUAUCAACUUUUUUGUCCUCCCUCCUCUGCUGCACCCCGUCGUCUACGGGAUUCAGCUGCAGGAGAUCCAGCAGAGUAUCCGCAAAAUGAUGAGCGGGAAAAUAAUCCCGGCGUGA